UAAUGGAGAAUUGAGAAAGCUGGUGGUGUGGUCUGUGGAAGGUGAGUGGUGAGAGACUACACUUGAGUUUUGAACCUGAACUUAAUUGACUGUGUUAAUGCAGAGAUAUAGAGAGAGAGAGAAAGAGAGUUCAUAGUUUUUCAAGUCUGUGGCUGUGUACUUUAAAGGGAUCAGAAGCAACACAAGUGAAGGGUUAAAUUCAAUAGAAAGUUUCAAAGUGGGUGAUGAAGUGGAGGAGUGUGAGACAAUAGUGGGGUACCACUUUCAGUUUCAGUUUCUGUUUCAGAUUGAGAGUUUCUUCUUAGCUUUUAAGUACAUACAUGUACAUGCACACAGCUUUUGGUUAGUACCAAAAUCCCAUUUUCUUGUUUCUCUCCACUUUACUGAUUUCUCAAGAUGUCUUUCUCUCUUUUUACUGUUCCUUCCCGUAAGUACUCUAAGUAAGGCUUGAUCCAUUGAGGAAAACAAUGAAGAACUUAAUUGAGAAACGCUCUGGUUCUACCCAUCCUUAUGCCCUUGGAUGCUCAUCAUGGGGGGCUUCCUCUGAAUCUGAUGUUCAGCAAUCAUCCAUGUCCAGAGGUUUGACCUUGAAAAUGGGUGUUCUGCCGCAGCAAUGCCAUAAGACUAAGCCAUUGAAUCUUCAAUAUCAAGACCGAGAUUCUUCUUCAUCUCAAUCAACUGGUCAAUCUUAUCCAGAAGUUGGUUCAGCUCAAUCAGGUCAAAUUUCAGUCCAGUGUAGCAAUUCUUCUGCUUGUUCAACACUUAACACAACUGGGAGAAAAAGUAUGGAAGGAGUAAUCAGAUCAUCUGUUCGGGGUCAGGAUUUUACCUUCCCUCCUUCACAACUGUGUCACAACCGGCCACUUGCUCAUACUGCAUUCCAUCUUGCUGAGCCAUGCUUUAGUGGCCUACUAGCUUCUCCAUAUGGGCCACAACCUAAUAUUCAUCCUGCACAACUCAUAGGAAUGGCUACUACUAGAAUUCCUCUGCCACUUGAUCUCAGUGAGGAGCCUAUAUUUGUGAAUGCAAAGCAGUACCAUGCUAUUCUGAGGCGCAGACAAUACCGGGCAAAACUUGAAGCACAAAACAAACUCAUCAAAGAACGGAAACCAUAUCUUCACGAGUCUCGCCAUUUACAUGCAUUGAAGAGAGCUAGAGGUUCUGGUGGACGCUUCUUGAAUACCAAGAAGCAUGAAGAGUCUAAACCCUCUUCACAGAACCAUGGCUUAGAUGUUUCAAGCUGUACUCAUUUGAAACUGAGGGGAAACAUGUCAGAAUCUAAGGCUCGUUUGAACUACAGAGAUGGUGCUUUCACAACCACAUGUUCAGAUUUUACUACUGCAUCCAAUAGUGGUGAUCUCUUCCAGCAACAUCAACCAGACUUUAGAUUAUGUGGUUACCCUUCUCAUCUCGGAAGGAACAUGCAGGGUUACUCUGCUGAUAUCAGUGGUGGUCGUGGUGGUGGAAACCAGCAUCGUCUAUCAGUCCUUAUGUGAUACACCAGCAAGUUAUUUUUCUGCAUUCAGUUGGAGAAAACAGUUGCCUGUGUUCCAUAGGGAAGUCAUCCUUGGCUCAUAUAUUACUAUGUCUAUUGGUUGUCCUAGAACAUGGCUUUGAUUGAACCUUUGCUAGAUUUCAAUUAUCAUAUAUUGUUGCCCUUGAAAUGUUUGGGCAGAGAAGCACAUUUAACUGACUAGUCACAACAACGAUGUUUCUUUGUGUUGAUGUCACAUUAGAGAGUUUCGUUUUGAACUAGUGUUUUUGAUUGUGGUACCUAUUCUAUCUUUUGCAUGUUGAAUCUUUGUUGAUUAUGAUUUU